AACAGUACUGAAUUUUUCUUCAGAUACCCAAAGGCAAUUGAGAUAUUUGAAGCAAUAGCACGUCAAUCGAUCAGCAACAAUCUUCUUAAGUACAGUGUUAAGGGCAUUCUCCUUAAUGCUGGCAUAUGUCAACUAUGCAGAGGAGAUGUUGUAGGAAUUACUAAUGCAUUAGAGCGAUAUCAGGAACUUGAUCCAACCUUUUCAGGGACACGUGAAUACAAACUUUUGGCUGAUUUAGCUGCAGCAAUGGACGAGGAGGAUGUUGGGAAGUUCACUGAUUGCAUCAAAGAAUUUGAUAGUAUGACACGGCUGGAUCCUUGGAAAACAACACUCCUGCUCAGAGCAAAGAAUGCGCUCAAAGCCAAGGAAGAUGAAGAGGAUGAUCUUACCUAGAGAGCUCACUGGGAGCUGAAGUAUUUGUGGUGCUAUUUCAUUUGUUUUACUCCAUUAGUGGCGCUUAUUCGUAUAGUAUCGGUUUGUGUAAUUACUGCAUGCAUAUGAGAGUUAUUCCUAUGAUUUGAGAAGGGAUUUAGGCGAUUUCGAUUUGCGUGAAUGUGUUCUCCCCCCUCCCUCACCCUUCUUUUACAAGUGCCUAUCAGUUGUUGAUGACGGCCAUUAACAUCAAUAAGGGGAGUGUAUUUGGGUGAAAUUUAUCUACGUGUGCUUUUUUGAUAAAGAAAAGAACCGCAACUUUCAGCAU